AAGUCAAUCCCUUUCCCUCCAACUAUCUUCACAACCGGAGCUACGCCAUCAUGAAGGAGAACCGGUGAAACAUAGUAUUCAACAUUCACCAAAUGGAUGCUUCGGACUCAUCUCGUCCUGUGGGAUCAAUUUUCCUAUCGAAAGUGAGGAAAUGGUAGAGGUGCUGGAAUCGAUGGUCAAGGAAUACGACGGAGCACGAGACGAAUAUGUGGCCUUCCUUCGAGAGCAAAUGUCUCCCAAUGCGAGUCUGUUGUCGAAGUUUGGCAACAUUUUCAGCGACAGUGCGAUGUAUGGGUACAACUUUUCCGGCUUAUGCGCGCGUGGACCGAAGCGGAAAGCCAUGCAAGAGUACGAGAUUUUUACUGAGUGCAUGACCGAUGCGUGGUCGGAGUACGGUAUUAAUUCUGAAACUUUGCGUGAUCAACUGACGAUGGUCAUAAAGUAUAUCAAUGGAAGGAAGAGAAAUCGAAAGUACUCUAAAAACCGACGUGAACGUCGCAAAAUGUCUACGGCGAAUGGAGAUAGCACGAGCAAAUAAGCGAGAAGUGCUAUUAAGAAUUUUCACUGAUGUGAAAUUGAUGAUUUAAAGAAUCCUUUGCCUUAUCUAACUAAUGUGUCUUUUGUAAGAAAGUUAUAUCCUGUCUUAUGGACGCAAACAAAACUUUUUUUUCUACAUACUCACACACAUGAGUGCAAUUUUGCCAUGGUCAAUUUUCUACUUAAUUCAAAAUCAAAAGCUAAUUUUAAGAUAUAUUUUUUCUCUAUUGCGAAGGAGCGAAGGUUGAAAUGAAAUUUCAAAAUGUUGCAUGCUGUUAGUUUGUAAUG